GGAGCACAUGGAGGGUUACAGGGAGAGCUGCCCGACCCAGGUGGAACAUCUCAGCAGAGAGGUGGAAGGCUUGGUCCAUAGACUGGUCCAGGGCCUGGAGGACCAGUUUAAGAAUGAUGUCAGGGUAGGUUAGGGAGGGAUGUUUGAUUGACCUUUGACCUGGUCCUCGUUCUACAAAUGCCCUGAUAGCCUAAGUUGGUCAGAGUGUGUUGAGGUGAUUGACAUCUUUCCUACUUGUCUCGGGUGACCUGGAAGUUACUUAGUUUGGUAGCCUACUGAUUUCCUUGCACACGUUUCUGUAAAGGCUUUCUCUCAAUCGCUCCUGCUGUCAAUGUUAUGGAUGGGUGAACAAACAAAUAAAUGAAUGAAUGAACAAAUUAGUGAGUGAAUAGGUGUCUGUUGCUUUUUCCAGCCAUACCUCAGGAGAAUGAUGACGAGGAAGUGGCUCUCCACAGAUGAGGACUUCCAACAGCUGUAUAGCAGGACAGAGAAGCUGUCCCAGCGCUGUUCACAAAUGAGACCUCCAUAUGUACAGGUAAGGAAUGGGGAAGUGCUGUUCAUAUUGUUUUAAAUGCAGGAUAUACACUCAAUUAAGCAAAGUCAUGCCCAUGAUGAUCCAUAGGAAGUUGGAGUUACUGGAAAAGACUUGAGAAUUUCCUCCCCUUACCAUACUGGAACGUGACCGUGCAUAGAAUGGAAAAUGAGUUGAGUUGAUGUGGCAAUAGGGGUAAAUGGCAGGAAAAGAGGAUGGGAGGAGGAUGGGUGUCACUCAGGUGAUCAGUCAUGGCAGUCAUGUGAAAGCGAAAGAAUAAACAGCAGACUUUCAUGUCUAUUUGUAAUCCCUUUCUCUUGCCUCCACUGUGCCUGCCCUGUGUUCCUCUGCAUCAGAUGUUUGUGAGCAGCUUGCACUACUACGUGGUGAAAGAGUAUGUAUCCCAGCUGAUGAAAAACAACUACUCCUGUAAGAACAGGAAGCAUGACAAAGCAGCCACCAAGAUGAGGGUAGAGUGGGAUAAACUCAAGGAUCUGUUUGAGGAAAUGGUAACACUUCUUAACCCUGAACUACAAACUGAAUUUGGGCCAAUUUACAUCCACACAAAUUUUACUUUUCAUGUUCAUUCAACAUUGUCUAAAAUUGUAAAUACUACAGUACAUACAUUUGUCUCAGUGUUAUGUCUUUGUGCUUUGAGGAAUGCUACUUUGAAAAUUCAGUGCUGUCAUAAACAAAUGACUUGUGUUAUCACCAUUCAUGACUAGUAGACACACUCAUAAUAAUUUCCUCUUGUAGAAGACAACCCAUGACUGGCUCCACCCAGUAGGAGACCACCUGAGUAACAUCAUUGGGGAAAAGAACAAGAGGGAAAUAAAGAACCACCUGACACGUUUAGUAGCGGACUACCCAGACAUCAGGUAAUCCUGCAUCUUCCUGUGGCCACAUAUUGUAUCUGUUGAUGUUGGUGAUCAACAGAGUAUACCAGUGUAAUAUGCACAGUAUCAAUUACAAAAUAUAAUCUGAGUAAAAACACCUCAUAUGAAUUCUACUCUGACUCUGUUAUGGCCCUGAGAAGAACAGCAGUGGAAGACGAAGUGGGUCAAUGGUCAGCAGUGUUCAUCAGACAGGGGAAGCGUGUUGACUAGACGGUAACAGAUUGAGAGGCAGAUAGUGCUGUUCCAAAUGUGAUAGAGAGCUGUGUUGAUUCCCAGACAGCAGGAUGUAGGAUGGGCAGGACCAGCCUGAGCCUCGAGGGAGGAUGACAGCGAGAGUGAGUUACUACAAGGCAGAGGUGACAGUGUGGGAAUAGCGGAGGGAGUACCCUGAUGAGGCGUGAACACUGGCGCCUGGUUUUCUCGGAAUAGGGCGUUAAGUGCUGUACUUUCCGAGGUAAUUGCCCUGGUCUGGGUUUUUGUGAACCUCUCAGUUGAUUAGAUUUUUUAUCUGAACUCUAGUAAACUUCUCCAAAUCAAGACUGACAGAUUUUUUUUUUUAUCUCUCAUGAUAGCCCCCUUAACAAAAUCGAGUAGCUAGCUGAUUUGGUUCUGGGUGCUGAGACUACGGAAUUUUAGACCAAUUGUGAUUGGUGAUUUGAAGGAGUCAGGCGCAGGAGGGUAAAUCACAGAAUACAGAAUUUAUUCCGGAAUACAGUGUUAAGCAGAAAUGCGUCAAACAGUCUAGUGCGCAAAACAGGCGCACUGGAACCCAACAGGCACACAGAGAAAAAUACCCUGGCAAUACAAAAUACACGGAGCUCAAACGAGCUACACUCUCCUCACAAUAAACAAGGGGGACAAGGGGGCAGAGGGAACACUUAUACAAGUACUAAUGAGGGGAUAUGAACCAGGUGUGUGUAAUAAACAAGACAAAACAAAUGGAAUGAUGAGAUAUGGAGCGGCAGUGGCUAGAAGGGCGGUGACGACGAACGCCGAAGCCUGCCCGAAUCAGGAGAGGAGGCAGCUUCGGAGGAAGUCGUGACACCAAUUCAUUUCACAAAACAGUUUACGGUUCCAUUUCUCCUGCUGAUUCUCCAAGAGUGAUAUUCUGUAACCUCUCUCUGUCUGCAGUAAGAAGCACCUAUCGGCUGUGCUGUACUUCAGGGGCUUGGUGCGGGGCAGGGAGAAGCGGGUGAUCCUGCAGCGUCUCACUGAGCUGAAGAGGAAACUGGGAACCGCAGGGAACACUGGAGAUAAUAGAAGAGUUCUUUUCAGUGACAUGCAGGUCACCAUCACCAAUACAAACUGUCUGGCUGACAUGCCUUUCUCCUGCCUCUCCUUCCUCCUCCGAGACAGC